AAGCUUGCAGUUUGCAUGGGGAAGGACCUGCUAUGGACACCACCCCCAAUAGAGGCUGAGGCUGCUGCUCCCAGCUGGCAAAGAGAUGGCUGUGUGGCUGUGGGCAGCCCAGAUGGACCAUUCUGCCAUCAUGGUUCACCUGCGUCUCACAGGUACAUGUAGAAUGAAUGGCUUCUGAGAAGAUGAGAAGCUACCCAGGCGAAUGGAAGCUUCAUAAGAAAGGAAGUGGCUAGAAACAUUCAAGUACAGUACAGAACCUGAAUGUUGAAGCACGUUUGCAUAAAUCUGCAUGAGCUUUUAAAUGUAUGAGUGCAGAUUCCUGCCAGCUCUCAGGCUCUUGCUGCUGGCUUACGCUGAGCCACAGGGUGCAGCCAGGAUUUGAUGGGCACAGGAGGCUGCGUGCGGAUUGGGCCCUCUGCAGAUUGAAGCAAAAGUUUAGUUACCUGCCGAUUAAGAGCAGGGCCAGGCACAUUCCAUCACCAGAUCUCCGGAUGGCCAACGGCAGGAUGGGCUUCGGGGGCCCCCGGAGGCCUUGCCUCCUCCUCUCCGUCUUCCUCGCCUGCUUCCUUUGGCACACCGUAUCCUCAAAGGACAUCAAGCCAAGGUGCUUCACAGACUAUGACUCCGAAGUGGGUUGUUUCUGGGAAGUGGACGCCUCUACCGACUGCCCCAAGGAGUUCCUCCUGCAUGUUGAAGCGACUGAUGGACUCAGUGGCCAAAAGAAAUCAUGGGAGUGUUCUCCUAAGAACGAGAGAGGCCGGAAUGGGACCCCCAAGUGUACUUGCACCAUUCAGAAUAAAGAAGUGUAUAACUUCAGGUAUCAUUUCUCAUUGAAGGCCAAUGGGAAAGAGAUCUGGAGGAUGACGAGUAAGGACCUUCGUAAAAUUGGUAAGAGAUCCUUUGGUCUGCAAGAUCCUUCAAACGCAUGACAACGGAAAUGCAACUUAAAAUCACCGUAGGCAGCCUCAUGCCAGCAACAACCUAUAUUGCUAAAGUGCGUCAGAAAAAUUAUUUCCUCGGCAACAACUGGAGUGAUUGGAGCAUCCCAAUAAGUUGGAAAACACCUGGUUGGGUCGGGUAGGGCACCUGUUUAUUAUUAGCAAUCUGUUGGCAUCCCAGCUGGCAUCCCUGUGUGUUCUGGGCUCUACAUUGUGGGGUCUUUUUUCUGGAUUUUGUGAACCUUCUGGAUUUGUGAAAUAUUCCGACCCCACCCGCAGGAACGUUUGUGCAUCAUCCGGCCCCUUUGAGUGAGCGACAGCAUUUCUCUCACAUUGCUGAGGUCUUGCAUUUCCAAUCAGCUAGACAUUGAAUUAAUAUGCAGGCCUCUCACUUAAUUCAGCGCAAUUCUCUGCUGUAGACAAUACCUCUUUCUGAAGUCUCCCCAAUGAUUUUUAUUGUUUCUCAUUUAAAUAAAGACAAGAACACACAACUACAUUAACUUGUCCAGUGGUCCAUUCUUAUUAAAUUCCAUACAUAGUACAUAGUGCACAUGCAAUAAGUUAGGUAUUGUCAAUUCAAGUAGCCUCUCCACAGAGAUUCCUGUGUUGAAAGUGGAAUAAAAGUAUCUUCUGUCUCAUUUGUAAAGGAAAAGAAAGGAAGUCAACAUCACCAAAAGCAGGGGUAGGCAACCUAAGGCCCGUGGGCCAGAUGGGGCCCAAUCGCCUUUUCAAUCCAGCCCAUAGACAGUCCAGGAAUCAGUGUUUUUUUACAUGAGUAGAAUGUGUCCUUUUAUUUAAAAUGCAUCUCUGGGUUAUUUGUGGGGCCUGCCUGGUGUUUUUACAUGAGUAGAAAGUGUGCUUUUAUUUAAAAUGCAUCUCUGGGUUAUUUGUGGGGCAUAGGAAUUUGUUCAUUUCCUCCCCCCCC